GAGCGCCAGCCAACGGCCCGGCCUCAGCGCCGCUCCGGAAAAAGCGGGGGCUGCGGGAAGAGCCAGUGUGACGCCGGCGGCCGCUUAGCCCCCGGCCCCUCUGGGUCAUCGCCGUCAGGCGGGAGUCCGCGGGGUCUGCGGUCACCCUCGGCUCCAGGCACCGCACCGGGCGAGCGGCGACACCGCGUCCAUGGCCAGAGCGGCGGCUCCGUCCUCCUUGGCCCUCAGGGCCUCGAGCCCGGCCGCGGCCCCCAGCUCGUACGGGGUCUUCUGCAAGGGCCUCUCCCGCACCCUGCUCGCCUUCUUCGAGCUGGCCUGGCAGCUGCGCAUGAACUUCCCGUACUUCUACAUCGCGGGCUCCGUGGUUCUCAACAUCCGCUUGCAGGUACACUUUUAGAUCCCUGAGGAGGCCGCCGGCAUCCCCGGCCUGCAUCAUGGCCGACUCCCAGCAGGCCCCGCGGCGCCGCGGAGCUGAGGGCACGGAGCCCCGCUGUCUCGCGAGAGUACGUGGGCUCCCUCCGCGGCUGCGCUCUCCGCUCUCAGCCGAGCUCCUGGGCUGUCACCGAGACCUUGACGAGACUAGGAAGAGGAAAUACGCGAUUCCGGGGACCGAGAACUUCAGUUAAGGCCCACAACAAUGUUUAAGAAGCUGUGCAUUCUUAAAACAAAAACGGGACGAACAGGAUGUAUAAUAAAACGGCGAGGUUACUAAAAUUUUCAGGACAGAAAUGUAUAACACGCUCAUGGUCCAUAAUUAAUGUAAUAAUCAGUAAAUUUGGGAAAUUUGAGACUGGAUUAUAAGCAGGACGUUGAAUGAGUAAGAAGCUGAAGAUCUUAAGCAUAUGCUGUGGAAGGCAUAUAGUUCCUCAUCCCACAAGAGAAAACGAUGAUCAGGAACUUUCAGUGAAAAAAAAAAAAACUGUACAGGAAACAUCCUUCAAAUGCCAAACAAUGUAAACUGCUGCAGGGUUUUUAACAGAGGAUUGGAGUGCAGAAAAGUGGACUCUUAUUUCAGUGUCCCUAUGAGUUGCAUGAGGCUCAAAAUCUUGUAGCCGAAGAGAAUGAAAUCCAGGCAUAGCAGAAAGCUUGUCGAUUUAUUGAAUAAUAUUUAAAUAAUCAUAAUAAUGUAAAUACUUUUUGUGGUUUUCAUGCUUUUAAGAGAAUACUUAAUUACGGUUGCAAAUUUGAAUGCAAAUGCCAUCAGCCUUGAUAGCGUAAAAGUGCAGUUUACAGGGUAGAAUGUGGGGGAGGGUACCUGAAAUGGUAAUAGUGUCUUUUAAAGUGGGAAGUUGAGAGGUACAGUCUGUGGUGGAUGGGGGAAGAGAGCAUUUUAUUAUUUAAAGAGUAGCCAUAAAGUUGCUAAAGUAUAGCCAAAUGAAAGAGGGAGGAGAAAGGGAGGACAACAUGAUGUCAACAAGAAAUGCCUAAAAGAUGAGAGUUCAGGUGGAAUGUCUCAAAAAGAAAAAUGGAUAGAUUACGUUAUGUGUUGAAAUACAGAGUCGAGAUUUUUAGUUUAAAUUUAGAGAGUCUGGAGAGGAAUUAGUGGUCUGCAAAAUUUUUAAUUAAAGAAGCAAAAUUGAGGCAAUUAUGAACCCCAGGAAAAAUAAAGUUUUUCAAGAACUACACUGCAUAACUCAACUGUGAAUGAUAUCAGUCAUCGUGUAGUCAGUCAUAAUUAUGUAAACACUGAAUACGGAUAAUAACAAAUUAUUAGGUAAUAUUGGGAAGAUUGGAGAGGAGAGGGAUGUAUGUAUAAUGGGGGAGAAUCAAUCAAGAUCUGAUAUAGAAAAGUCAAUUUAAAAAGCAGUAUAACUGGUCACUUAGAAGUACAAUAAGAAAAAACCAAGAGUUAAAAUUGGUAGUCUCUGGAGAAAGAAAAUCAGGGAUGGGCAGAGAAAAGGUGAAGGACCGCUGUUUUUUACUACCAGUCUAACAGUAAAGGUGAUUUUUCUUAGCCGUGUGUGUGUGUGUGUGUGAGGCAGACCUCUUUUUAACUACAAACUAAUUUUGUAGUCCAGGUGAGCCCAUUAAUCUGCCUAAACCCCAGUAGUCUCAAUUCUAUUAAAUGAGAGUAAAAAUACCCACCUUAAAAGAUCAGUCAGAGAAUUAAUAAUAAGCCUGAUUUAGUGUUUGAUAUAUACACAAUAAAAAUAUUUGUUUUAACAGAAUAGCUCAUUAACUUGUGAAUAAAACUUCAAACUCUCA